AACUUUUCAUCACGGAGGUCGAACAAAUCGAACAAAGAAAAAAGUACGAAGUACGUAGUAUCGCACUAGUAAAUCGCAAGAUUGGUGAGUCGGAAGGGCCGAAAAAGCACACCGGAUGGCAUCGCAUCUACUKCUACAGGGGAAAGGAAGACAUCUAUCGGAAAGAGGUUGUCGCAAACCCGUCGUGCCAAAUCCUCGUUGCCAACCAUGGCAGAAUCCUCUUCMUGGACAUGCCCGGUGUGCACCCUCGAAAACCACGAAAAGAARCGACGGUGCGGUGCUUGUAAAGCGCGGAAACCGGUGCUUGGCCGAAAAAGCAGCAACGACGGCAAYUCGCACGAUGAGAAGGAAGCGGCCGAGGAAGCCUCGAAACUGGGCGCGGCCAAGAAACAGAGAUUAUCGAAUCCAGAAGAAGCAAACGGAACUAGACGAUCGGCAAGACAGAGUGGCAGAAUCAAACCAGCAACGAAGGCCAAAACAGCGACUAUAGGUGUCGCCGAGAAAGUUCCUGCCAUUGCMAAAGCCCCAGCAAAAGCAACACCGAGGAAGACAACACCCAAGAAAGGAGCGCCAAAGAACGAGACUUCCGAAACGAAGAGGAGCAAUCCCAACAAAAAGCUAUCGCCCACUAGUACCCCGAUUUACCGCCAUGUCAUUGCAGGAUGGCAUGACACCUACUCGCAGGAAACGAGUUCUGUCUAUUCGGAAGAAACCAACGGCAAGCGGGGAGGCAAAGCAGACAAGGAAACAGUAAUUCAUCCCGUCAUCAAUCCGGCCACGAACAGGGCCUCCCUCUAUUACCAAGAGACCUCGAGCGAUGCGCUCGAGCACGCCAUUCGCCAGGCGGUCGCGAUUCAGGAGCGCCUAUACGGCUGCGCUGGCGAAAGCAAUCCUUCUUCCGUUUCCUCCUCGAUACUGGAUGCUGCUGCCUGGUGGCCGGAUCCGCACCAAUCGCACAGGCGUGCCGAGGUCCUGACCGAAAUCGCUCGCCUUCUCAAGGAMAAUACGGACCGGCUGGCGGACCUGGAGGUCGAUCAGAUCGGCCGUCCCCGAAAGGAAAUGCGCUUCCAGCUCUCCCGGCUCCACGAGUGGUUCUUGUACUACGCCGCUCUGCUGCGGACCGGGGGAGACGGGACCGCGACAACAGCCCCUGUCUUUGGGGGACGRGAUCACCUGAACCUGGUCCGGAGGGUCCCGCUGGGGGUCGUGGCGCAGAUCACCCCCUUCAACCACCCGCUGCUGAUCGCCGUGAAGAAGCUCGCACCGGCCCUGGCGGCCGGGAACUGCGUGGUCCUGAAACCAAGCGAGCAGGCACCCGCGAGCGUUGUAGAGCUGGCGCUGCUSUGCUCYKCCGCGGGCCUCCCCGGGGGCGUCCUCAGCGUCGUCCUGGGGGGCAGGGGCGUUGGGGCCGGCCUGGUGGGGGACCCGCGGAUCCGCAAGGUCGACUUUACGGGUGGACCGGAGGCGGGGGCCGCCAUCGGGGCCCUGGCCGGGGGGAACGUUGGCAAGAUGACCCAGGAGCUCGGGGGCAAGGCACCCAUGAUCGUCUUUGCGCCCAAGGGGGGAUCGCGCGGCGAGUUGGCCUCUGGCACCAGCAGCAAAACGGUCGGGCGRAAACGCCCCAGGAAAGCAUCGCCAUCCAAAGAAGGGAAAGAGACCGACGGCGCGACAGACUUCCUGGAUGCCUAUCUGGAUCCAAUCGUCAACGGGUGCGCGUUUGGAGCGUUUAUUGCGUCGGGGCAAACCUGCAUUGCUGGGACCCGGUUGUUGGUCCAGCGKGAAAUUUAUUCSAUCGUUUGCCAAAAACUAACMCACAAAAUCAAGAACGUGAUCCUGAAAGAGGGCAUGGGGGAUCCCUAUUCCAUGACAACAACCUUUGGCCCGAUGAUCCAYAAGCAACAAAUGGAUAGGGUUCACUCGAUCGURGAAUCUUKCACUUCGAAAAGGAAUAAUCCCCUAGAGCUGCUUUGCGGUGGCAAGCGCUACAGGGGAUUCCGGGGAGCGGAAGCCCAUCUGAACGAGGGCAACUGGUACGAGCCCACUCUGUUGGCRUUUCGAGACGACAAUUCCGUCCCGGGGGCAGAUUGGGAGAAAACGAUCACGGACCUCCACCACACCUGCCCCCUCUUCCAAAAAGAGUUGUUCGGGCCCAUUCUGGGGAUCCUGCCCUUCGAAAACGAAGAACACGCGAUUCGGUUAGCAAACGAUUCCCCCUUUAGCCUCGGUUGUUCGAUCUGGACGCACGAUCUCGUCCAGGCCCACGCGGUUGCCGACAGAGUGCGGGCCGGGAUUGUGUGGAUCAACGACCACCACAAGAACGCUCCCGCYUCUCCCUGGGGCGGCCUCACGAGGGACUCGGGCGUCGGGAAGGAAAACGGAACCGAGGCGCUGCUGGAGUACUCGCAGGCGAAGAGCCUCGUGAUCCGCACCACGCCCUUUGAUUCGGAUUGGUUCCGGGAUCCCAACGCGAGAUACAACUAACAAGCUGGGAGGCAAAUGAUUCCACGCAGAAGAUUCUGCUCCGGCACCGGGGAGUCAUCGUCAAAGCGGAGUGGCCGCGUCGCAGGAUGUCCCUGCAACAAGAGUUUGUGUGUGAAAUUCUGUUUUUCAGCCGUCCCAUCUAGGAAUGRUAAUUCCAUAGAGCUAGAUGGUACCGACUGCAGUGUCGAACGCAAAGAUCUACAAGACAUCUGGACGAACAGAGCACCGAGAUACCUCCAAUCAAGUCGAUCCAUCCAGAUCAGGCUAAUUUAGCAUCA